AUGACAGCUCAGCAAACGCAAACAAAGCAAGCGAAACCAAAAAGUGCGAACACGAAGCAAAACAUGGCGACCGAAAACCAACCUCCACAAGGCAUCUCUGAACAUGAGAUCAAGCAGAACUCGGGUGUCACUGCGAGCAUGGCACUCCAAGCCGCGCAGAAAGCAUGGGAACUACGACAAGCUGCAAACGCCGCAGGAGACCCCGAUGCCCGCGAGAAGAUUCUUGCGAAAGCCAUCAACAAGGAAAUCGAAGCCGAGUCCUUCGGCAAAGCAGCAAAAUACACCCGCUCAGGCGCCUUCCAAGGCCUCGCCGCCGGCGCCGGUCUAGGAGUCCAACCAGGCGUAACCAUUGGGAAACUAACCGGCGCUCUCGUCGGCGGUGUCGUUUCGACCGUCACAGGUCUUCUCGGCGGCGGCAUUGGAUCCGUGUACGGCGCCAUGAACGGACCAUUCUGGGACCUGGGAGAAAUGGCAAGUCACGGUGUUCGCGGCGUGAUUGGCGAUUUUCCCAAUUGGAAGUCGACACCGGCGCAGCAGAAGGCGCUUACGAAUGGACACGCAGGCGCCGACGCAGGAGGAGCUCGAGCAGAUGAAGGCGGAGGCGCCGGACGAUAUGCCGCAGUCUUGGUCGCAGAGGACGAGCGAGUUGACGAGUUGGAGGCCGUCGAUGCCGAGUAUGCCGUCGAUGCCGUCGGCGAAAGGUGCAGGUGCUGCGCUGGGGCUGGGUGGGCUGGGGGCGUCGAUGCCGUCGUGGGGUGGAGACCAAACCCGCAGCUACCAGUCAAUCCCAAGCAAACCACUCCAAGCGCAGAUAAAGAGAACAAGGCACCAGCGAAAACUGAAGCAGAGAAGAAGAAACCAAGGAAGCUAGCUCCAAAGGAAAGCGAUGCGAAGCCUAGCCAAACACCUGCUCAGAAGAAGGCUCCGCGAAAAUUAGAGUCGCGCAAACCUGCUGCCGCCAAACUCACGAUCAUAAUCCGCUCAUCCGAACAAGUCAUGGCACACAUACUCUCCGACCUCAAGAGGACGCCCACUACAGGAUUUCAACGUUUACCUCUGGAGAUGCGUAACAAGAUCUAUCUCGAUGUAGUCGAUCCAGUUCUCGACAUCACAAUACCACUCGGCACGCAUAACUUCUUUGACCGCUGCGGAGACGGCUCCUGGCGCAAGAACCUAGACAAACGCCUGCCACCGUGUCUCAUUCUCCGUCGUCAGAUCAAGAACGAGGCGAUCGAAGAAAUGCAUCAUAGCGCAAUGCAGCUUAUCAAGAAGAUCACUCUGUCCGACCCAGACGACCUGCUCAAAGCUCUGCCAGCCACGACAAAGCUGAAUGGCCUGCAUGAGCUCGUCUUGACGGGGCCAAGAUGGGAUUUCAAGGAACCAUUCCCGUCAAACUCCAUCCGCGACAUCCUCUUGCGCUGCCCACAUCUCCAAGAACUUACCAUCACUAUUCCAGUAUCAGUCUUUUCGAACGACUACGAAUCCUACUUCGGCUACAUCUUCGAGCAUGGUAACCUGAACAAGUUGACCGUGAAUUGCCACGAUGCGCCGCAGCACCCGCGAGCAAACAAUCAAUGGUGGUGCGACGAUUAUACCUUACCCAGACCCUUCGAGCGGUGGUUUUUGGACGAGUGUGAAAAGAGAAGACGUGGAAUUGCGCUCAGCGUAGAUCUAUCUCCUGGUCAACAGUCCAACGGUGGCGAGCAUGUAAGGAAAACUAAAGGGAAUAUUAAGUACAUGUACAAUAUGGAUUGGUUUGGGUAG